AUGGGAAGCUUUCUCGAGAAGAACUCAAAUGCUGUGCGGAAGCGCAUAGAGAACCACACCUUCUCCGAUGAGGCUGGUGAAGAAUAUGAACCGAGUGCUUUUGGUGGCUUCUCGGAUUACUUUCGCCGCAAGAAGAUUAAGCUCCAGAACCUCGAUUCAGAACUGAGGGCUUCGUCAUCGGAUAAACCGCAGAUUUUCAAGGGUGUUGUCGCUCAUGUAAGCGGGUACACGCAACCGCCGCUUCAUGUGCUUCACCGUGAUUUGGUUCUACAUGGCGCUGGUUUCCUUCAGUAUCUUGACUCCAAAACCAUGGCCACCCAUAUCAUUGCGUCGAGUCUACCGCCGAAGAAGAUAGUUGAGUUCAAUAAAUACAGGAUCGUGAAACCGGCUUGGGUGGCCGAUUCAAUCAGUGCUGGGAGGCUCUUACCCUGGACUGAUUAUCGCGUUAUUGAGGAAACUCCUCGCCAAAAAACGAUCAAGUUAGAUGGAAGUGGCAUAUCUACACAAAGACGCACACAGCAAUCACCACUGUCUGUCUACCGAGAACAGACUGAAAACAGCUUCUACACAUCCCAGGUAAAGAAAUUCAUUGAUGCUCUAGACAGCUCACCCAGCAAGCCAAAAAGUGCGGCGGCAACCGCUUUAGCUCGUGAAGAUGACUUAGCCGAGGUUAAUGAUUCUACUCCUAUGGGUGAACAACAGCGAAGUUCUAGUAAUACUCCGCAAUUUCUCAGUGAUGACAACAUAGAACAUCGUUUGGAGGAUGUAUCGAAUACUGAAGAAGCUACCUCCACACCCUUCGAGCCGCCUAUGUUGAAGCUUCAGCCUGAUAUGGAACCAGAUGAACUUGAAUCCAGCGCACUAGCCGCUCAACGUAAGACGAUGACUUCCGAAGAACAUAAUGCCUUAUUGCUUCAAGAUCCUCGCAUGAAGAAAUCAUCGACUGCGAAUCCGGACUUUAUACGACAGUACUACUCCGAAAGCCGCCUUCAUCAUCUGUCAACUUGGAAGGCCGACCUUAAGUCAAAAAUGCAAAAGCUUGCAGCUGAAAAGAGUCACCAGAGGAAGUCAACGAAAAGGAAGCCAGGCUCGCGGAGAUAUAUUCUACACGUCGAUUUUGACAGCUUUUUCUGUGCUGUAUCUCUCAAAUCGGCACCCAGUUUCAGUGAUAAACCCACUGUCGUUGCACACGGUACGGGUGAUGGGUCAGAAAUCGCCAGUUGCAACUACCCUGCUAGAGAAUUUGGAGUCAAAAAUGGCAUGUGGAUGAAACGAGCCAAGGAGCUUUGCCCUGAACUCAAGGUCCUGCCAUAUGAUUUCCCGGCGUAUGAAGACGCGAGCAGGCUAUUCUAUGAGUGCAUUGUAGAGAUUGGAGGUGUCGUGCAAAGUGUCAGUAUUGAUGAGGCUUUAGUAGACGCAACCUCAAUCAUCCUCUCUGCUGUUGGAUCAGAUGGGUCGGGGAUAGAUGAAGGUAGCAUUUGGCGCGAACAAGAAAAAGCCGAUCAGAUCGCGUUGUCUCUCCGAGACCAGAUCAAAGCGAGAACGGGAUGUGCUGUGUCAGUGGGCAUUGGAGGUAAUAUCCUAUUGGCAAAGGUAGCGCUAAGAAAAGCGAAGCCAGCAGGGCAGAUCAAACCCGAUGAAGUGCUUUCCUUCUUAGGAGGGUUAAAAGUAGACGACUUACCCGGCGUCGCAUAUAGUACAGCGGGUAAGCUUGAGGAGAUAGGGAUCAAAUUCGUGGAUGAUAUUCGGCAAAUUUCUAAAGAACGCUUGGUCAGCACUCUUGGGCCCAAAACAGGUGGAAAGCUCUGGGACUACGCUCGAGGAAUUGAUAAGACUGAGGUUGGGGAGCAGCCAAUUCGAAAAUCCGUUUCAGCUGAAGUCAACUGGGGCAUUCGCUUCAUUAACCAAGAAGAGGCUGAGGAGUUCGUGUUUAACCUCUGCAAAGAGCUGGAAAAGCGGCUACUGAACGAGCAGGUCAAAGGCAAACAACUCACUAUGAAAAUUAUGAGGCGGUCUAUGGAUGCGCCGCUUGACCCGCCUAAGCACCUAGGGCAUGGGAAAUGCGACACGUUCAACAAGAGCGUCUCGUUUGGUGUUGCCACCCAUGAUCAUCAGGCUCUAGGCAAAGAAGCGGUCUCAAUCCUCCGUUCCUAUAAUUUCAGUCCUGGCGACUUGCGUGGAUUGGGCGUCCAGCUAACCAAACUUGAACCCAUAAAAGCCGGUCUGUCGGGGCCUGAUGGGAGCCAGAAAAGAUUGAACUUUGGAAGCGUUAAAACGACUGGGUCAGCCACGAAAUUUGCUGAAGAUCCCAUCCAGGAUGCUAGUAGCGUGGACCAGCUUCUCAACUCGCCUCAGGGACGGGAUUCUGCACCAGACCCAAUCGUAGACGGCCCAGUUACUCCCAGGAAGCCAAAGUCUCACGGUCCACAUCCAGCCUUGAGAAUAGCGCAAGCAGGGGAGAAAGAUGCUAAGGCCCGGCUACCUCUCAAUAUAUCAGGCACACAAUUCAUUUUGCCCAGUAACACUGACCCUGUGGUGCUCGCUGAAUUACCCCAUGAUAUUCGAGGCAAGUUGAUGGCCCAGGGUCAAUAUAGGAGCAGUUCCGAAGUGCGUGAUGACUUAUCCACAAAAUCGAGAACACAAAGCCCAGCUCCAACUGAAAUCCCGCCCGAAAUUGACCCAGAGGUCUUCCAUGCGCUCCCAGAAGAUAUGAAAGCCGAGAUUCUAGGCUCAUAUAGAUCCCGAUCUAGACAGACUCUUUUACCACAGUCACCCCGUAAAGACCGUAUGAUCCAGCUAACGAAGAAGACAACGCCUACAAAGCGCCGGGGUCGAAGCUCAAAGGAGCGACUGGCUGAUGCAAAUGCCAAGAUUGUGCAGACCAAUCUGUUCUCGCGCAAGCAACAAGCUGAUGAUACGGGGCUGGGGGAGAUGGAAGAGCUAGACGAGGCGUUUCUCGCCGAACUGCCAGAAGACAUGCGCAACGAGGUAAUAGCCGAUUACCGGAGACGUAAAGCCCAACGGUCGGGUUUAGAUCUCAAGAUCAACCCCAAGCGAGAUCAAGACGGCGGGGCUAAAGAUCCUCUACCUGGGGGUCAGAUGAGAUUGAAGUUUCCUUCUCCACCACCUAAGGUUACCUUUCCGGGCAGCACAAUGACGUCUGUUAUAGAGAUCAGGGAUAUGCUGAACGUAUGGCACGGCGAAACUAGUAAAGAUGGGCCUCAUCAGAGAGACGUCGAGUUGUUCAUAGAGUAUCUCGUUAAAGUCAUUGUGGAAGAGAGAGAUAUGGACAAAGUGCAGAAGCUGGUUAGGUGGCUAGACUUUCUUAUCGAUGAAGAUGUGUCAGAAGCGCAACCAGGGAGAGUCACAUGGCGCGCCGUUGUCAAGGAUGUUAAGGAAGGGGUGCAAAAAGCAGUCCGAUCAAGGGGACUUGGGCCUCUUGAAUUAGGGUAG